AUGAUCGUCAAAGUCGGCAAGGGCCGCCAAGAGAUAGACAUGUAUUAUGAGCUCUCGGGCCAAGGAAAGAGGAAGGUCCUCUUCAUCAUGGGCUUUACGUCAACAUGCUGCCAAUGGAAGAAUACUGUUAGAAUGCUGAAUGAACGCGGAGGAUACGAGUGCUGUAUAUUCGAUAACAGAGGCGUCGGGCACUCGGGACAGCCAAGAGGAUUAUACACAACUAAACUAAUGGCAAGAGAUACAUACGAGCUACUCCAGCAUUUGGGAUGGACUGAAGAUAUCUGCAUCGUCGCCUGUAGUAUGGGAGGCUUCAUUGCUCAAGAACUCUGCCUCCUUGCCCCCAAACACACAUUCAAAGCCAUAAUAAUGACCUCAACAGCAUCCUCACCACCCAUGUCGAUUCCUCCAAUAACGACACUACUGAAGCUUAUGAUACACAAGAAAGGAACGAAGGGCGUCGAUGCCAGAAUAAGAGCUGAAGUUGCUGCUUCUCUACUGAUACCGCCAGCAUGGGGAGCACAACCUGUAGAACCUCAUCUGAAGACAGCUUCUCCUGAUGCAAUGACAAACGUUGAAGCUAUCGUCCAGAUGCUCAUGUAUGAAGCAGCCACAAAACCACCUCAAUCGCAAGCAGGAUAUCGCGGACAAUUCAAUGCCGUUUUCUUUCACAAUGUGUCUCCAAAGAGGUUGAGAAAGCUGGGAACUCUUUCUCAUUUUCUUGUCAUGGCAGGCUCGGUAGACAGGAUCUUAUGGCCUCGAAAUGCUGCUAUAAUAGCCAGACACAUGAAAUGUAAAAGGAUCUUGUUCGAAGGCAAAGGACACGCCUUACACCAUGAGCUUGGGGACGAGUUUAUAGAUAUUGUGACUUCACAUUUCGAUAGCGCAUUCUCGGAAUUAUCUGAGGAUAAGGUCCAAAUGUAG